AUGGCUGCACUUCUGGCAUUAGGUCUCGCUGCUACAGCACUGGGUUAUCCCACCGUGAGCAAGCAUCACCACACCUCUCUCGAAAAUGCUACGGAUUACCUGGUUUCCGUCGGUCCUCGACCAUACUACAUCAUCAACAACAUGACCGACAGCCCGUUGAAACGGAAAUUGCAGUCAUGUGAAAACACACCAGUUUCCAUCUCUGGAUUUUCAAUUGGACACCGCGGUGGAGGAACACUACAGUUUCCGGAAGAAACGAUACGCUCAGAAGAUGCCGGGGCGCGUAUGGGCGCUGGUAUUUUGGAAUGCGAUGUAGCUUUCACGAGCGACAGGGGACUGGUGUGUAGGCACGAUCUGUGUGAUCUACACAGGACAACAGAUAUUCUGCUCAAGCCGGAGUUGGCAGCGAAAUGUACGACGCCGUUCACACCAGCGAAUGCGACAAGUGAUGCGAAUGCACUAUGUUGUACAUCAGACAUCACAAUCGACGAGUUCAGCACCCUCUGCAGUAAGCAAGAUGGCAUAAAUGCCUCCGCCACGAAUCCACAGGACUUCCAAGCCGGCACACCCCUCUGGCGCACAGAACUCUACGACACAUGCGGCGAAGUACUAACCCUCGACCAAUACAUCGACCUCGUAGACUCCUACCCCGGCUACCGUAACUUCACUCCCGAGCUAAAAACACCACCCGCCGCUGUCCCCAUGCCCUUCCAAGGAAACUACACACAGCAGCAAUACGCCAGCGACAUGAUUUCCGCUUUCCGAAACAAGGGCAUUGACGCCUCCCGCGUGUGGCCACAGUCUUUUCUCUAUGAUGACAUCGUAUACUGGCUACAAAACGACCACGACUUCGGCCGCCAGGCCGCUUAUCUGCAAGAAUUCGACACACCCACUGAUCUCGCAGCAGGUAUGGCCAACCUAACUGUUGCGCGAGCCGCAGGUGUAAACAUCAUCGCGCCAGCCCUAACCAUGCUCCUAUCCAUUGGCGGCACCGACAACAAGACUAUUGUGGAGUCUGAAUACUCGAAAGCAAUCAAAGCGAAUGGCAUGGAUAUCAUUGCGUGGACGUUUGAACGAUCAGGACCAUUGGCUAAUGUAAAGAAAGACGAGGAGUACUAUUUCUCCACUAUCGCGGAUGUCAUAACGCAUGAUGGACAACUCUAUGAGGUACUUGAUGUGCUUGUUAGGGAGGUGGGCAUCAAGGGCUUGUUCACGGAUUGGGCGGCGACGGUGACUUAUUUUGCAAACUGUUUCGGGUUGGAGGGACCUGUAGGCGGGAGUUAUAGUUGA